AUGUCAGACCAAACGGAUCUGUCCAACUAUACCAUCCGAUUGGCUUCUUCUGAACAGGAGCAGCAGUACCUGCGCGCGACCUUUGACGUCUGGAGCAAAGGAAAGUCAUGGAAGGACUACAACGAGUUUUUCGAGAAGACCUUGAAUCAGGGACAGUGGACGGAAGACGGAGGAACGAAACACUGGGUGCUCGUGUUGAGAAGUGACUACGAUGGCGAGAUAUGUUCGGGAGCUCGCGUGUACAGACGCACGGCCCUACUCAAGGAGACCUCGUCGACGGAGAUUCGGGACAAGUAUAUUUACAACGUCACAGCUGUUGUCACCCCCAAAUCCAAGCUCCGGAGAGGUUUCGCGCGUCACCUCUUGAAGCUUCUUCAUUAUGAGCUCGCCCCUCCCGAAGCUCUCCCACCGUUCCCUGAGGCUGAGUGGGGUCCUCCUCCUCCCCCUCUCUCGGAACGGGAUCGAGCAGACAUCCCUCCCUCUCUGGCUAGCGCUCUCUGGUCGAUCGUCGGGAACUUCUACGAGAAGGCGGGGUACAUCAUCCAGGAGGAGCACUUGAUGCAGAUCAAGUGGUCAUUACGCGCCCCUACGUCUUCGGAGCCGCCGCCCAAGCGGAGCUGGAUAUACAGUAGUGACCUGCCAGCCAUCGGUGCUGAGCUGUCGGAGGUCAAGCGGGCAGAGCUCUCCUCCCAGCAGGGCACAAGCUGGAGCAUCGACCCCAGCUCGAAAGGCGUCCUCAGCUAUAUCCCAACAAGAGUCUUGCGUCCCCGCUCUCAGGACUGGAACGAGGUGUACGAUCACGAAGCGGUCGGAAUUCGCUUGCCACCCAUCAAAGCCGGUCAAGGCGAAGCUAUCGUCCUCUUCAGCAACGCACUUUCUCUCCUCCCCGGUCUGCUUGUCCUCUACGUACACAACCUCGAGGCGGACCGGCUACCCACCCUGCUCGAGGCGCUUGAUGAAGCCAGUGUCGCGGCCGGAACCAAGGAGGGACUGCUAUGGGGGCUGGCGGAGGAUAGCGCGCUGUCGAAAGCUUGGCUCAGCCAGCCUGGGCGGGAAGCGAGUAUAGCGAGGAGAGGAGACGCCGAAAACCAACUGGCGGUGGCAUGGUAUGGUGGGCACGAAGAGAAAGGGCGUGUCGUUGACAGCCAGUUGUGGACGUGCGCGUGA